AUGGGGCCCGCCAUCCCCAAAACAUUGGACGACAUAUACAACGACUACACCAUCAGGAGGGAAGCCCUGCUGACUGCGCUGACGGAUGAUGCAACCGAAUUCUACGAGGCCUGUGAUCCUGGGAAGGACAACCUCUGUUUGUAUGGUCAUGCCGACGGGAACUGGACCGUGGACCUGCCCGCCGACGAGGUGCCGCCCGAGCUGCCGGAGCCCGUGUUGGGCAUAAAUUUUGCCAGGGAUGGGAUGGAGCGACGAGACUGGAUGGCCCUCUGCGCCGUGCACAGCGACGCCUGGCUCAUGAGCGUCCUCUUCUUCUACGCCGCCCGCUUCGACGACAGCGGCAGGGCGGAGCUGUUUUCCCUGGUGAACCAGCACCCCACGGUCUACGAGGUGGUCACCGGCCGCGUCCCGCGCACCAAGAUCAACAAGCGCAAGCAGCCGUUGUACUGGCCCGACGACGGCAAGUGGUACCUGGUGGAGAUCCACUCCGUCGACCCGGACACCAUGGAGGCGAAGGUCCAGUACGCGACGGGGGAGUUUGAGGCGCUGGACUUUGACGAGGUCAUACCCAGCGGCCACAUGUCGCUGCUGGCACGCUAG